AUGGCUUCACCCACAGUCGUUGACAAGUUAUUUGUCUGUCCUGGAUGUCAGAGAGGUGGCUUCAAAAGCAUCGGUGCCGUCAAGGCUCAUUUUGAGUCCAAAGGCCACGAACUUGCUUGCAGUCCAUGCAACAGAUCUUUUGGGAAUGUAACGGCGUUGCUCAAGCACUCCCAGAAGCAUGAAAAGCCCCUAGAUGGUUCCGAUCUCAAGUCUCUCAAGUCGGCAAAGCCAGCGCCAAAGACCACGAAGCAACAGAUGUUCGAGGGCCUUUCCGAGUCUUUUGUCAAGCCUGCGAAAUCAGCCCCAAGGCCUAUGAAAUCUGAGAAGCUCCCGGAUCUGUCUGAGUCCUUUGUCAAGCCUGCAAAGCUAUCACCAAAGACCACAAAGCAUGAAAAGUCACAGGAUCGUUCCGAGCCCUUGUCUGUCAACCCUGCGAAAUCCAUCACGAAGAAAACAAAGCUUGAGAAGUCCCAGGAAUUGUUUGAGUCUUUGUCUGCCAAGCCUGCGAAACCCACUUCAAAGAAAACAAAGCUUGAGAAGUCCCUAGAUCGCUCCGAUAUUUUGCCCGCCAAGCCUGCGAAACCAACUCAAAAGCGCACAUCAAACCAGGCACCAGUACGUGCUCCAUUGAGGGCAGAGGCUUUUGAGGACCUACGGAACAACACUGAACUUGAACCCCCGGGCCUCUCAUCACCUGCCAUCCAAAAUGCCAAUUACCGUGCUGUGCUCGAGCCGCUCGAACAAAACUUGAUCUUUCGCUACUUGUUGGCACGGUGUCACUCGGACACCCGUCUGGUCUCACGAGGCUUCACCUUCCGGGCCGGCUUGGCAGAUGUCAGCAAACGCCCGUCAAAGAAACCCCCUCCGAAGACAGGACAUUUCCGCCAAGUUCCUCGAUCCUCAGACGGUUUGCCAAAAAGGAGAGCAAUCGUUCUUGACUGUGAGAUGGUGCAAGUCGAAGGAGGGCGUCGGGAGCUUGCUUUCUUGAGCGCGAUCGACUUUCUGACUGGCGAGAUUCUCAUCGACAAUUAUGUGCAACCGAAUUCGAAGGUCGUGAAUUGGGAUUCUCGAUACAGUGGGGUGACUCCUGCCGCCAUGAACAAAGCUGUCAAGAAAGGGACAGCGUUGUUUGGCUGGGAAGGAGCGCGCUCGAAAUUAUGGGAGUUCAUGGAUAGCGAGACUGUUCUCGUUGGUCAUUCUCUCAACAACGAUCUUGACGUCUUGGGUAUCAUCCACUGGAACAUUCUCGACUCCUCCAUCAUUACCAGCGAAGCGGUGUUUUACACUGUUCACGCCCGUGAAGCACUCAAUCGCACAUGGAGUCUGAAGACUCUCACCAAUGAAUUGGUCAAUUAUGAUAUCCAAGUGGGGAAACAGGGCCACAGUGCGCUGGAAGAUGCACAUGCAACACGGGAUAUUGUGAUCUGGUGUCUGAGAUACCCCGAACACCUGAAGGUAUGGGCGGACAAUGCCCGGGACCAAGAGGAGCAGCGUGCGUACGAGAGGGAGUUGAGGAGGACGACAGAAGAGCAGGUGAAGGAGCAAAAAAGAAAACAUGAUAUGGAGAUAAAGAUCCAGAUGCUAUCUCGUGGCGUCGCUGGUUUGGAUAUUCAUGACAUUGGCCUGUCUGAUGAUGAUGCUAAUGGCCCUGAUGAUUCUUUUGUAAACCAUGAUGGUGAUGUUGAAUACGAACCGGUAACUAUUGAAGCGGCCGCAGCUUCAUUCUUUUGA